AUGCUACAGGAGAAGGCCUCAACUGUGGCUGAUGAAAGCAUGACUGUGGCCCGGUCCAGUGGCCACUCCGAGCUAACCAGUGAUUCUUCACAUCUGGGUCUGCCUACAACUCCCAGCAUUCCCCAGAACAAUGAGUCUGACCAGAACAUUGAAAACAUCAAAGUGGUUCUUCAUGACAGAGACAUGUGGAAGAAGUUUCAUGAGGCUGGAACAGAGAUGAUCAUUACCAAAGCAGGCAGGCGGAUGUUCCCCAGUUACAAAGUGAAAGUUACAGGGAUGAACCCAAAGACCAAAUACAUCCUUUUAACGGACAUUGUUCCAGCUGAUGACCAUCGGUACAAGUUUUGUGACAACAAGUGGAUGGUAGCUGGUAAAGCAGAACCUGCGAUGCCUGGAAGACUCUACGUCCACCCAGACUCUCCAGCGACCGGAGCCCACUGGAUGAGACAGCUGGUCUCGUUUCAAAAGCUGAAGCUCACAAACAAUCACCUUGAUCCAUUUGGACAUAUCAUUUUGAACUCCAUGCACAAAUACCAGCCCAGGCUACACAUAGUGAAAGCUGAUGAGAACAAUGCCUUCGGUUCUAAAAACACGGCCUACUGCACUCAUGUCUUCCACGAGACAGCUUUUAUUUCGGUUACAUCUUAUCAGAACCAUAAGAUCACACAGUUAAAAAUCGAGAACAAUCCGUUUGCCAAAGGUUUUCGUGGAAGCGAUGAAGGUGAUCUGCGUGUGUCCAGACUUCAAGGGAAAGAUUACCCUGUGAUUUCUAAGAACAUGGUCCGACAGCGGCUUAUCUCAUCACAUGGCCAUCUGUCAGGAAAACUGGGUGCAGGUGUGCUUAGUAGCCAUCCGCAGGUGGCUUCUCACUAUCAGUAUGACAGUGGAGUUUCCUUGCCAAACCCUGAUUCCCAGGAAUCGCUCUCCAACUCAUUCCCGUCUAGCCGAGAAUCAAGCCUUCUUUACCAUUGCUUCAAGCAUAGAGAUAACACAAGACACUUGGAGCUGGGAUGCAAACGACCCUAUCUGGACACAGCAGCCCCUGCGGUUUCAGAAGACCACUACUUCCGCUCCCCUCCUUCCUACGAGCCACCCCUGCUGUCCCAUACAUAUUGUAACGAGGCACUGGCUUCUAGAGAAGCAUGCAUGUAUGGGGGAAUAGAGGGAGAGGCGGGCGGUACAGUGGGUACGGAUGAUCUACCAGCCCCCUCCCUGAACUGCAACAUGUGGGCAUCGGUGCAGCCGUACCCUCGCUAUGGCAUGCAGACUGUCGAGGCCAUGCAAUACCAACCUUUCACUGCCCACUUCAGCAGCACAGCCACCGGUGCCUCCGUGGUUCCCCACCACUCUCUGUCCAUGCAGCGGCCGCAUCCGGCACCUGCUGACCUGGUCACUUUCGCCACACAGCGGGUACUGCCUUCCACACCGGCUUCAUCAUCGAAUUCCCCCUCUUGCCCCGCCCCCCAUGACAGAGCUGCACAUUCUGCCCUGUACCACAGGAAGCCCGGGUCCCCGCUGUGUUCACAAAGGGAUUACACAGCCUAUCCAACCCACAGCCCCACUUCAACACGAGAAGCAACUUAUCAGUACCAAACAGGAUUGAGCAGUGUCGGACCCCACUGGACUGAUAGCUAAGGAGAAACACUUGGACAUCAUUUGUAUUUACAGUAGUCUUCUUCAAUCGUUUGGAGCAAUAUAUUCUCUCGGACUGCAUUGAAAAUUAUUUUUGCAUUAUUUCCAUACAGCUAUGAUGCUAAAUUGUAAAUCAAAGCCAAGCCAUAAUGUAUUUAGCCUCAUAGUAUAGGAUGACCACAAUCUGUGGCAAUUUAUUUGUAUUUAUUUGAAAUUGAGACAUGACUUGUUGCAGGUGGCGAAGCCAGAGCACCUAAUGCACUAU